AUGAGCACCAUCGCUUCUACGCUAGUGAAAUUUCCUGAAAAGAACGAUCAGGUUCUGUUACCUUACCUCAGUAGUCAAUAUGGUCAAUUAGGUAGUUCUCAAUCAACCAACUGUUUUCACUGGGAUUGGAAUUCCACACGGCAUUGCUUCUCAAGUCCAUCAGGUCUUGCUGAACACAUUGCAUUUGCUCCUCAGCAGUCAGCGCUUCCACCCUGCAAAAUGAGUUUUCGGCUUCAAUUUUGGUCUGCUUUCCUCUGUUAUUGUCUAUAUUUCCUAUACUCCGUAGCACUAAUCAAACCAACUACAGCCAGCAGUUUAUUCAGUUCCUCAAAUGAGACUGACCGGCAAGCUUUGCUUGCCAUCAAGUUUCAAAUUGAGAGCGAUCCUUUCCAGUUCAUAACUUCUUGGAACAAUUCUUCUCAUUUUUGCAGUUGGCAUGGUGUCAGGUGCAACACCAUGGAUCAAAGAGUGACUGCCUUGAACCUGUCAUCGCUGGAAAUCAAGGGAGCUUUGUCCGCUUCCAUAGGCAACCUGACUUUUCUUGAGGAACUUAUCCUUGAUAAUAAUUUCUUUCGUGGCACAAUACCAUAUUCACUGGGGAAUUUAUCCAAUUUACGCAUCCUUAGUGCAUCAGAUAACGUUCUUGAAGGGAGGAUUCCUGAAGAACUUGGAAAGUUAUCCAAUUUGGAGUUUCUUAAAUUGUCUUCCAACAAAUUGUCUGGUGAAGUACCCUUGCAGCUUUUCAAAAUCUCAUCAAUUCGGUAUCUUAAUCUUGCCUCCAACUAUUUAAAUGGUUCUUUCCCCUCAGAUUUCGGCCUGAACCAUUCAAAACUUCAUACUUUCGUCGUUGCAGAAAACCAGUUUUUUGGACCUCUGCCUGUAUCCAUUACCAAUGCUUCAGGACUUGUAAUCUUGGACAUUGGUACAAAUGCUUUAUCUGGACCGGUACCCAUGAAUAUGGGAGACCUUAAACAUUUGCAAAGGUUAGAUAUUUCAAAGAAUCCUCUUGGAACUUCCGAUAGUACUGGCUUAAACUUUCUGACUUCCUUGACUAAUUGCACUAUUCUGAGAAUUCUGCAUUUGUAUGCCAACAAUCAUGGAGGCGCUUUGCCCAAUUCUGUUGCAAACCUGUCCACCAAACUCACAUCUCUAAGGCUUGACAGAAACUAUAUAUCUGGGGAAAUCCCUGAUAACCUAGAAAAACUUGUCAACUUAGGGAAUUUGGCAAUGAGUCAGAACAUGCUGACAGGGCGCAUCCCUGAAUCUAUUGGGAAACUAACCAAGCUAGAGGGCCUCUAUCUUUCAGGAAACAAAUUCAUCGGUAAGAUCCCUGGUUCCGUUGGAAAUAUUACUCAGCUAAGUAUCCUUGAAAUGCGAGGAAACAAGUUAGAAGGAAGAAUACCUGUAUCUCUGGGUAACUGUAGAAGAUUGCAAGGAUUGGAUCUGUCACGUAAUAGGCUUACUGGCACAAUACCUAAAGAUCUUUUUGGCCUUUCUUCACUCACUUACAGUCUCAACUUAGCACACAACCUUCUCAGCGGAACUUUACCAAUAGAGUGGGUAAACUUGACACAUCUUGGGAGCUUGGAUGUUUCAAACAAUAGAUUGUCUGGAAUUCUUCCAGUUACCAUUGCCAAUUGUGUAUUUCUGGAGUUUCUUAGUCUUCAGGAUUUCUGGUUUCAUUCCUCAGAGACUGGAAAGCCUUCGCUAUAUACAGUAUCUGAACCUUUCAUUCAAUUCUCUGGAAGGCGAAGUCCCAGUGAAGGCCUCUUUUUUAACUCUACAGCUUUUUCAGUAACUGGAAAUGGAAAGCUUUGUGGAGGUGUGAAGUCUUUACAGUUGCCUAAAUGUCAGUGGCUAUUACCAUCAGCGGAAGGGAAGAAAAAGGUUUUGCGAAAACCAUUGUUUGUAGUUCUGAUCCUUGUUUUCGUUAUUUUCCCUAUUGUUUUGCUGCUAGCUUACGUUCAGCAAAAAUGCCAGAAAAAGGUAAUUUUUGGUUAUUUUCUGCACGUUCCUUGUAUCCGUUGGUGGCACAAAAGAAAUACAAGAAUUUCCAGCAUAGAGCUAACAUCAGAUUCUCCUCUGGGAGAUCAAUUUCCUAAGAUUUCUUAUACAGAACUUUUUCAAGCUACAAAUGGCUUUUCUGAAGGCAAUUUGAUUGCUAGGGGAAGAUAUAGUUCAGUCUACAAGGGCAGUCUUAAUUACAAUGACAAAACAGUUGCUGUGAAGGUAAUCAACCUUCAAAACCAAGGAUCCAGGAGGAGUUUUACUGCUGAAUGUGAAUCACUGCGAAAUGUUCGUCACAGGAACCUUGUCAAGAUCAUUACAGCUUGCUCAAGCAGGGACAAUGAAGGCAAUGAAUUCAAAGCCUUGGUAUAUGAGUUCAUGGCUGGUGGGAGUUUGGAGAGCUGGUUGCAUCCAAGUUCAAGUAACUUAAUGCAGCCAAAGAACUUGAACCUGAUUCAGAGGCUUAAUAUUGCCAUAGAUGUUGCCUCGGCAUUAGUGUAUCUUCACCACUUCUGUGCCAUUCCAGUCAUUCAUCGUGAUAUAAAGCCAAGUAACAUUCUUCUUGACAGUGAACUCUGCGCACAUUUAGGUGACUUUGGCUCUGCGAGGUCUCUUUUGCUUGCGAUUGAUAGAUCAAGAUACGAAGGAAUCGUGCAAGAACAAUUGAACUUGUAGGAACUGUUGGAUAUGUUGCUUUAGAAUGUGGCAUGGGGGCACCAGCAUCAACACUUGUUGAUGUCUAUAGCUAUGGUGUCUUUUGCUGGAGAUGUUUACUGGAAAAAGGCCCACAAACAGCAUGUUCGAAGAUGACUUUUCCCUUCGUAACUAUGUGAAGAUGGCACUCCCAGAUCAAGCUAUGAGGAUUGCUGAUCCUAAACUAUCAUCAGAAUGCGAAACUGAGUCAGGCAUGAUGGCCACUGACACUCAGACCAGAUCAUGCGCCAGACAUAGGUUUGAAAAGUGCCUGGCUUCAAUUUUCCAUAUUGGGGUUACAUGCUCAGCUCAUUUGCCAGAGAGAAGGAUGCACAUAGCAGAUGUUUUCAUGGAACUGCAGGCUGCUAGAGACUUGUAUUUGAGGUGUGGAUAACAAGGUAAAAUGACUUUAUGGAUGAUAACAUAGCAAUUUUAAACCAUAAGAUAUUUAGGGUCACCACAUUUUAAGAUAACAUAGCAAAGUAUGAUCUAAGGACGAAUCCCUAUUUAGAGUUAGAAGAAAUGAGUAAACGAUUUUUUGUUGAACAGCAAUCAAGUAAAUCUUAUUAUGUAUUUACUUGUUGGUUUUUCUAAUGUUAUAUUAGUUCUAGGAUUAAAGUACUAGUCUCCGUUCCAGGAUUAACUAGAAGAUUAUGGCUGGAUUAGGGGUUUUAUUGUUAAUUAUGUUUAUUUGUUUUAGCGAAUUUCUAGUGGCAAUUUUGUAAAAUAAAACAAAUUUGUGGGCUAUAGUUCAGAUUAGCAGAAAUUUCGAGGUUGAAUUAAAAAAGAAAAGGAAGGAUCACCGGAUCAUUUUGCUGUC